GAUUAUCUUCACCAGCCUUCACUUCUGCUACUCGCUCUUUGUACCAGAAUGGCUUUUCCAGCUUCCUUCUCCCACUCCGCUUCUCUGCAACUCUCCGCUUCCUUCCAUGGCGAACGAACAACUUCCACUUUACUUCCCUCAUCUACAUCAUCGAACUCAUGUCCGUUCGUGGGUUCCCAGCUUGCCUUCUCCGCAUCUCUGCGCGGUAGCAAAACGAUGUCUCCGUCCAGGCUCGUGGUUUACUCGAGAAGGCUGUCCGGUUUAGAAGAAGCAAUGAAAAUGCGAAGGGAGAGGGAGCAAAGAGAAAGAAGUAAUACUAAGUUUACGAGGCCGCUUCCUUUGAGGCGUGGGAGGGUUUCUCCUCGGCUACCGGUGCCUGAUGAUAUACCUAAACCUCCGUAUGUGAGCACCAAAGAAUUGCCAGAGCUUGCUAGUGAGCAUCAGUUUCAUGACGCUGAAGGCAUUGAGAAAAUGAGGGCUGCUUGUGAGCUUGCUGCUCGGGUGCUCCAAUCUGCUGGCGAAUUGGUCAAGCCAUCAAUCACUACAAAUGAAAUUGACAAAGCUGUGCACCAAAUGAUCAUUGAUGCUGGUGCAUACCCUUCACCUCUUGGUUAUGGAGGAUUCCCAAAGAGUGUGUGUACAUCGGUCAAUGAGUGCAUGUGUCAUGGAAUACCUGAUUCUCGUCAACUGCAGGACGGAGACAUAAUAAACAUUGAUGUCACGGUCUACUUGAAUGGUUACCACGGUGAUACAUCGAAAACAUUUCUGUGUGGAAAUGUUAAUGAUAUUCUGAAACGGCUGGUGAAGGUGACUGAAGAAUGCAUGGAAAAAGGAAUAGCAGUUUGCAAAGAUGGUGCCAGUUUUAAGAAAAUUGGCAAGAGAAUUAGUGAGCAUGCCGAGAAAUAUGGCUUUGAUGUGGUGGAGCGUUUUGUUGGGCACGGUGUAGGAAAGGUGUUCCACUCUGAACCAGUAAUAUUGCAUCACCGUAAGCAACUCGAUCUAAAGUCUGUCAUCUAUUUUUAGGACAUUACUCGCUGCUGAAUUUAGCUUCAGGAAUUGGGUCCAAUAUAGAUGGCCCUGAACCUUCAGGAAGUCAGUAACUGCACCUUGAAUAAAUAGUUUCAAGAAACAAGUCUUUUUUUCAUUUUAUUUCUCUCUAUCCUUCUUGUUAGGAUCUCCAUUUCUCUUUUUUCCAUUCUAAUUCUUCUCCCCGCUGAGAAGUUGUGAUAGAAAGCUUUAUCAGUCUUGUCCUACAUAAGGCAAUGACAAGGGUGGAACCAUGGUUGAAGGCCAAACAUUUACCAUCGAGCCUAUUUUCACCAUAGGAAGCACAGAUUGUAUAACAUGGCCAGACAAUUGGACGACAUUGACAGCUGACGGAGGGCCAGCUGCACAGUUUGAGCACACCAUUUUGAUCACUCGAACCGGUGCUGAAAUCUUGACAAAAUGUUGAAGAGGAUUCUUCGACUGAUGCUGUCCAGGAAUGGAGAAACACACAAUCAUACUUGGGAGCAAGCAAAAAACAGAAUGCAGUUCAAGAUUGAAAGGCAUUGUUAUGUUUGGUCCAUCAAAUUGCAUUCUACGAAUUGCUGAAAGGCCCCCCAGUAAGAUGCUUGUCACGGGGAGUCUUCAAGUAGAAAAGGUGUACAUGAAAGUGUAAUUACUAGGCAGGUACUCUUCGAAAUGAAGGGUGAGGUCAUGUGUAAAAAGGUCACAAGAAUGAAGAAUCGAAGUGAAGAUUAUGGCAAGUUAGUGGUUCUAUAUUUGUCAUGUCAUUUUGAUCACAAUGUGGUUUGUUUGUGAAUUGGUAUUUUAUCCACAAACAGUCACUCUGGAUAGGUCAAUUAUCUUGGUGGUCUCUAACACACUACUGAAGUUUGAAGUCUUUCCAUUUCCCUACGGUUUCUACUUGAAGUUUGAAAUGCACAUCAACAUGUCAGUUCAUCUAAAAUGAUGAAUUUUAGUUUUGUGUUCUGAUUCGAUUCUAAUAGCCAUCUUUUUAAGAACGGAAAGUUUGAGAGGUG